AUGGCUACUCAAACUGCUACCGCUGAUGGCUUCGUGCCCAUUCUCAAGGCAUUGGCAACCAUGCAGAGCAAUGUUGCCGGCAAAGAGAAGGCCGAAGCCCACACUUUUCUUGAGAAAUUCCAGAAAUCUUCCGAAGCAUGGAAUGUUACUCAUGCCAUACUGCAGGACGCCAAGGCUCCCGUCGAAGCAAGGCUCUUCGCUGCUACCACUCUCAAAGGAAAAAUAACCUACGAUCUGCAUCAGCUCCCCCAGGAUGCUCUCACCCCACUGCGCGACUCCCUCCUCGCUUUACUCCAAACAUAUGUUUCAGGCCCGAGACCGAUCCGGACUCAGCUGGCGGUCUGUCUGGCAAGUCUGGCCAUUCAAUUACCGUCGUGGAAAGAUGUCGUCGGAACCGUGGGGUCCACUGUUGGUAGUAACUUCGAUGGCGGAGAUUGUCUACUCGACUUCCUGCGAAUCCUACCAGAAGAGGUCACUGAAGGCCGCAAAAUCAACGUCUCUGAAGAGGAACUCGCCGACAGAACAAAGGAACUGCUUGAAGACAACGCUUCUCAGGUUCUCCAACUCCUGAUUUCAUAUGCUCAAUCGUCCACUCGUGCCGCCCACAACCCUCAUCUGUACUCCUGUCUUGCUUCCUGGCUCCGGGAAAUCCCUGCACUUGAUGUCGUUAACUCCCCUUUGCUCAAAGAAAUCAUCUCCGCCUUGAAGGAUCAGGAUUCUUUUGAAGCCGCCGUGGACUGCAUGUGUACCAUGUUCCGAGACACACGAGAUGUCGAUGAAUCACUAAGUGUCAUUCAAAAGCUCUACCCAGAAAUCAUUCGCCUAAGGCCUUUGAUCCAAGAAGCCGCGACUACUGAAGACAAUGAUCUGAUGAAGGGUAUCACUAGACUAUUCACUGAAGCCGGUGAAGCUUGGAUUGUCCUCAUAGCCCGUCAGCCGGCACAGUUCCGAGAUCUUGCUGAAUGUGUCUUGGAAUGCUGUCUACGCGAUCAGGAUCGUGAAGCAAUAUCCAUCACUUUUAUCUUCUGGUACGAGCUGAAGCAAAUAUUGACCCUCGAGAAAUAUGCUCCAGCUCGAGCAUUAUUGGCCGAUAUCUAUUCUAGGUUAGUUGACAUCAUGAUCAAGCAUCUGGAAUUCCCCACUCCUCAGAACGGUAACGAGAAAGAUCUUUUUGAUGGUGAUCGUGAGCAAGAGGACAAAUUCCGCUCUUUCAGGCACAAUAUGGGAGAUGUUUUGAAGGAUGCUUGCGAAGUUGUUGGCGUCUCAGAAUGCUUGUCCAAAGCCUUCAUCCUUAUUCAAAAAUGGGGACAGUUAUAUGGCUCUCAGGUUGCAGGAACCCAAGUUCCACACUGGCAAGAACUUGAAGCUCCACUCUUCAGUCUGAGAGCUAUGGGUCGCAUGGUCAGUCCAGAAGAAGGCACAAUCUUACCCCAAGUUAUCCCUCUUCUCACCACCGUUCCCGACCAUGAGAAGCUGAAGUUUCAAGCAAUCAUGGCUUUGGCUCGAUACACCGAAUGGACUGCUCAACAUCCGGAAACCCUAGAGGCACAACUCAACUACGUCAUAUCUGGUUUCAGCCACAAUUCCCUGGAAGUUAUACAGGCCUCGGCAUUGGCAUUCAGAUUCUUAGGCACCGAUUGUGCCAAACUUCUGGGAGACCAUAUUCCUCAAUUGCACCAUAUUUAUGAAUCAGUCAUCGACAAGCUCAAGCCGUCCAGCCAGGAAGAGGUCACUGAGGGAGUUGCGGCAGUCGUUGCAGUUCAACCCGUGGACAAGACAUAUGCGACUUUGAAAGUAUUCUGUGACCCUCUUAUGGCCAGAAUUAUGAACUUGGCUCAACAAGCCAAGGAUGAAGACUCUGAGAAGGUUGUGGCUGAUUACCUAGGCCUUCUCACCAUCUUCUUCGACUUCGUUCAGCCUUAUGUCUCUCCCACUGAGGAAAACCCGGCCGUCACAUACUGCCAGGAGAUACUGCCAGCUCUAGCUCAUAUUGCGAAAAACUUCACCCGCUCAAUCCCGAUAUUGGAGCGCAUAUGCAAGUGCUGGCGGACCAUGGUUAUCUCUUAUCGAACAGCUACUGCUCCUCUAUUGCCGACUCUUGCGACGAGCAUCGCUGAAGGAUUUGAGGCCUCCCGACAAGGAGGUUUUCUGUGGGCCACAGAUGCAGUUAUUCGAGAAUUUUCCUAUGGUGCUGAAUACGUGGAUGAUGCAACCAGCGAGAAUGUAUUCCGGUUCUUCGCACAACAAGCAACUGUCUUCUUCCGUAUCCUUACGGACCUGCAACCAAUUGAGCUGCCCGAUGUCAUUGAGGACUUCUUCAGGCUGGCAUCCGAUGCCGUGAGAUUUUAUCCAGCUAGAACGAUCAUGUCAAAUUUUGCCGAACCCAUGGUCCAGGCUUCCUUGACAGCUCUCACAUUACAGUCCUUGGAACCUAUCCAGGCUGCUUUACACUUCUUGAGAGACUUUUUGGAUUUUGGAUUUGAUAACCCACCAGUGUCCAAUUUUGCGGGUCCAAAUGGCGAACCGACACAGACCAACCCGCCUGAAGUCCGGGCUGCAGUCAGGCAGGUUCUCAAUAGUACCGGUCAACAACUAGUACACAGAGUCCUUACUGGAAUGAUGUUCAGCUUUCCCGAAGAUGUUUUUGCCGACUCUUCUGGUGUGCUGCUUUCCCUCUUCAAUUUGGUUCCUCAAGCCGCAGCACAAUGGGUUCAAGGAACACUUCAGUUACUGCCUGCAGGAACGUUAAAGCCAGCAGAAGCAAGCAAACUCAUGAAAGGUAUCAGUGAUAAGUUGCAGCAAAAUGAGGCACGGAAAGUACGUGUGCUGUUGCAGGAUUUCACGAAUUCGUAUAGGAGAAGAAAUGUUGCACCGCGGGAAGGCUUGGGCCGUUUAGAAGCGACAAGAUUCAGAUUUAGUGGCUAA